AUGAUCGGAGAUAGCAAAACGCGGCUGUGUUUUCUGUGGCUGCUGCUAGUGUGCCUGGCGGCAGGUCGACAUGGAGUAAAGCGGAAAUCAGGGCAACAUGGACACCACAGCCAUGGAAGAACCGUUCAUAUGCGAAGCCUGAACAAUUCAGAAGAGCAAGUUGAGAUUGGGGACGUGGUUGCCCCCAGGAAUUUGUCACCAUGGCAAGUGUCCAUACAGGAUGGAGCGAAGAACCACAAGUGCAGUGGAGCCAUUGUAGGAAAGAAUUGGGUAAUAACGACAGCUUACUGCCUGAGCAGGGCUCAUUUAAAGAGGUAUCGCAUUGUCGUCGGCACACAGACACUGGGAGCCGUAAGCCGGUUUCUAAAAUCCUACUCAAUCGAGUACGCGAUCGUUCACCCGCACUUUGACAAGCCCAAGAAAUCGAAUGAUAUAGCACUGAUCUUCACGGAGCGCAGCAUUCAGUUCAACAUCCAGGUCAAAGCCAUUGAUCUCCAGGGCUCACCCCUGCCCAGGGAUUCGCUCGUGAUGCACACGGGCUGGUCAUGGCGGAAGGGAGAGGAUAAGAACAAGAUGCGUGCCGUCUAUCACAGGGUCAUUCCAUACAAGAUCUGUUUGACGCACUUCGACAAGAAGAUUCGGAAUCCCAUUGAGCCCGGCCACUUGUGCUUGAAUGUGCCCAAGGACAGUGAUUUUUGCCUCAAGGAAACUGGCGGUCUUCUGGUGCACAACAGAAGACUAGCGGGUCUCAGUAGCUUCGGUACCCCCUGUGCCACUGGCGAGCCUUUUAUAGGCACGCGAAUCUCUUUCUACUUUGACUUCAUACGGACCACGAUGAAGGGAUGUAUUCGAUGUGAGAAAAACACACAUUUCGAAGCACGGUUCUUUGAUUUGUAG